AUGCUUCAUAUAUUAUCUUGUAAUAUCGCUGAGGCCGUCAUCAUCGACUGCCCGACCAGUAUCGCAGCCACACGGGACCUGGCUGGGUGGAUCAAGGGCACACUGCCCGCAGGCUGUGCCCUGAAGCUGUUCCUGGCGACGCACGCGCACGGCGAUCACUUCUUCGGCUUCCCGGGCGUAGAGGUCCAGUAUGCCCCGGAGCUCUACGAGGGGUUGCGGAAGGUCGGGUUCCCGCCGUCUCCGUCCGGCACCGGCCUCCCUGAGCGGCGGGUCGAUUUCCGGCCCCUUCCCGAAUUCAACCAGAUCGACCUGGGCGACGGGCAGGUCAUCAAAGUGCACGACAUUCAGCACGCCGGUACGCACUACUCCUCCUACGCCCACGUGCCCGGCCUCGAUUUCGUUGUGGCGGGCGACAUUGUCUACAACGGUGACUGUUAUCAGUACCUGGCGGAAGCGAACACCACGGAGAGACGAGACAAGUGGAUUAGGGCUGUCUCCGAGAUCGCUUCCCUGGACCCGAAGAUUGUUAUUCCUGGGCACUCGUUCCAUGUCCGCACUGGGCCGGAUGUGCGGUACGCGAGGGCGAUGCUGGAGAGCAACAGUGAGUAUAUCAGAGGGUUUGAGGAGGAGCUUGCGAAGGUCAGUGAUGCUGCGGAAUUGUUCCAGUUGAUGAGGAGGCGAUUUAACCGGUGGAAUCUGUGGAUCUUGAAGCAGAGCUGCGAGGCAGCUUUCGGAGUGGGUGCUUUGUGUCCCAGUGAGGUCUAA